GUUUCGUGAAGGUUCCCGAAGACUCCGGUCGCUUCGGCUUUUUCCGGAAGACGGUUUUUUUGGCGCUUCCUUCCUGUCAAGAAGCUGCCGGGCGCCCGGCUGGCCUCGCUUGUCCGCCUCGGCGUGUAGGACAGGGCCUCGGCUUCUCUUUUCCCUCCUUCGAUCAUGGCUCAGCUCUGCUACAACCGGGGAUGCGGGCAGCGCUUUGACGCCUCGGACAACACGGACGGGUCAUGUACGUAUCACCCAGGUGUGCCAGUCUUUCAUGAUGCCCUUAAAGGCUGGUCAUGUUGUAAGCGGAGAACCACCGACUUCUCUGAUUUCUUAAGCAUCGCGGUAAGCAUUAAGGCUUCCACAACAGCCCGAAAGCCGCCUGAGCCCGUCAAACCCGAGAGUCAAAGAGCUACCUCUGGCGUUUAAAAGGAACUUGCCGACAUGAAACCUAAAUUCGAAGAGCACAUCAUUCAGGCACCCAAGCCGGUGGAGGCCAUUCGGAGACCCAGCCCCGACGAGCCGAUGAGUUACUUGCCGUUGAAAGUCUCGGCUUCCUUGAAGCAAGCGUUAGACAAGCUGAAACUGUCAUCGGAGAAUGAAAUUAAAAAAGAAGAGGAUAGCGAUGAGGUGAAGAUCGGGACUUUGUGUAAAAAUGCGGGCUGUACAAAGGCAUAUGAAGGACCAGACAGCAUGGAAGAGGAAUGCGUGUACCACUCAGGCGUACCUAUAUUCCACGAAGGGAUGAAGUACUGGAGUUGCUGCAAGAGGAAAACAUCGGACUUCAAUACUUUCUUGGCUCAAGAGGGCUGUACAACGGGAACACAUUUAUGGAUUAAGAAGGAUGCCGGGAAGAAGACGGUUCCGUGCAGGCAUGAUUGGCACCAGACUGGAGGCGAAGUGACCAUUUCCAUAUACGCUAAGAACUCAGUUCCUGAACUCAGUCGCGUAGAAGCAAAUAGCACAUUGUUAAAUAUCCAUAUUGUGUUUGAAGGCGACAAGGAGUUUAAUCAGAAUCUGAAUUUAUGGGGCGUGAUCGACGUGAAAAGGAGCUACGUGACUAUGACCGCUACGAAGAUUGAGCUCAUUAUGAGGAAAGCAGAGCCCAUGCUAUGGGCAGGCUUGGAAUUGCCGGCGUCCAAAUGUCAACAGAAAGAACAGCAACACAUUUCAGAACAAGUUUGAAACCUGAAAGGGGCCAGCUGUUUCCCGUAACGAAGUGGUGACUCGCAGUUGUAGUAUAAUUUUAUGUACAAACUUUUUUUUUCUUUCUUUUUU